AUGCCCUCUAGUAAGCCGCUACCACCGAAAGAAAAUGCCUUAUUUAAAAGAAUCUUGAAGUGUUACGAGCAGAAACAGUACAAAAAUGGUUUGAAAUUUGCGAAGCAAAUCCUCUCAAAUCCCAAAUACACAGAACAUGGAGAGACCCUUGCGAUGAAAGGCUUGACCCUCAACUGCCUAGGUAGAAAAGAGGAAGCUUACGAAUAUGUCAGACGAGGUUUAAGAAAUGACCUCAAAUCUCACGUGUGUUGGCAUGUUUAUGGACUGCUACAGAGGUCUGACAAAAAGUAUGAUGAGGCCAUCAAGUGCUAUAGAAAUGCUCUCAAGUGGGAAAAAGAUAAUAUUCAAAUUCUUAGGGAUCUGUCUUUGCUGCAAAUACAGAUGCGGGAUCUGGAAGGGUAUAGAGAUACCAGAUAUCAAUUACUUAUGCUUCGACCAACACAAAGGGCUUCCUGGAUUGGUUAUGCAAUGUCUUUCCAUUUAUUAGAAGAAUAUAAGAAUGCACUUAAUAUUUUAGACACAUUUUUGGAACAACAGAAAGCUAACAAUUUUGACUAUGAACACAGCGAACUUCUCUUAUACCAAAACCUCGUCAUCCAAGAAUCCGGUGAUUUGAAAGAAGCCCUCAAACACCUCGAAGCCUCACAAAACCAAAUAGUCGACAAAUUAACCUUAAAGGAAAAUCUGGGCGAACUGUGUCUAUUAUUAAAACAAUUUGAUAAAGCGACAACCUGCUACGAAGAACUCAUCCAAAGAAAUCCCGAAAACACAAAUUAUUAUAAUAAAUUAAUAGACGCUAAACAAUUGUCCAAUCCUCAAGAUAUCGUAGAUUUUUAUACUAAAUAUUUGGAAAAGUUUCCUCGAGCAAUGCCGCCUAGAAGACUGCCUUUGAAUUAUGCCACAGGAGAACAGUUCAAAACUCUAGUGGACAAGUAUAUGAGGAAGGCUCUAUCUAAGGGAGUUCCUCCUCUCUUCGUGGACCUGAGAAGCCUGUAUUCAGACAAACAUAAAGUAGAAAUUAUUCAAAAUUUGUUAUUACAAUAUGUGGAAGCAUUAAAAACUGUUGGUAAAUACAGUGAAUUAGAAGUUAAUAACGGACCCAAAGAACCGGCUAGUGCCCUCUUGUGGGUUUACUACUAUUUGGCGCAACAUUUUGACUUUUUAAAACAGACUGAAAAGGCAUUAAGUUAUAUCGAUGCCGCUAUUGAACACACUCCCACCUUAAUUGAACUUUUUGUUGUCAAGGGUAGAAUAUAUAAGCAUGCCGGUGAUCCUCAAGAGGCCCUCAAGUGGUUAGACGAGGCCCAAGCCUUAGAUACAGCCGACCGAUACAUAAAUUCGAAAUGCGCGAAAUAUAUGUUACGUGCGAAUUACGUGAAAGAAGCCGAAGAAACGUGCGGAAAAUUUACGCGGGAAGGCGUUUCGGCGAUGGAAAAUUUAAAUGAAAUGCAGUGCAUGUGGUUUCAAACCGAGUGUGCGCUGGCGUACCAGAGACUAGGAAAAUUCGGAGAUGCGUUAAAAAAAUGUCAUGAAAUAGAUAGGCAUUUUUCCGAAAUCAUAGAAGAUCAAUUCGACUUCCAUACAUAUUGUAUGCGAAAAAUGACGCUAAGAUCUUACGUAGGUCUGUUACGGUUAGAAGACGUACUUCGGGGUCAUCCGUUUUAUUUUAAAGCAGCCAAAUGUGCCAUUGAAGUGUACCUUCAUCUGUUCGAUGAGCCGCUCAAAGACGAGAGUGCGGAACAGGAAUUAAAUACAGAAAACCUUGCGCCAUCGGAAUUGAAGAAACUAAGGAACAAACAGCGAAAAGCAAGAAGGAAGGCGGAACAAGAGAGCGCGCAAGCGAGAGAAGCACAAGUAAAGAGAGACCAGCAUCACAAAUCUCGGCAACAAUGUGACGUGGAAGCGGAUGCGCCACAACUUGAUGAGUUAAUUCCGGAUAAAUUGGCAAGGGUUGAUGAUCCAUUAGAACAAGCUAUAAAAUUCCUACAGCCUUUACAAACAUUAGCCAAAGACAGAAUAGAAACCCAUCUAAUGGCAUUUGAAGUAUAUUAUAGAAAACAAAAAUCUCUUUUAAUGUUACAAUCGUUAAAGCGAGCCUACAAAGUGGAUCCGAAGAACCCGAAAUUGCACAGUUGUCUAAUCCGUUUCUACCAGUUCGUACAAAAAAACAAAAGCUCGUGGGAUCCCAAUGUAGAUCAAGUGAUAACUCAAGAGACCAAAGUCUAUCUAGAAGGUAAAGAUGCCGUUAGUUUAAAUAAGGAAUUUUUGGAGAAGAACUCUAAUAGUCUCGGGGCUGUGCUUGAAGGUGCGAAGGUUAUGUAUGAAUUGGACAAGAAGAGGCAAAACGAAGCGAUCAGCUUGGCUACUAGUCUGGACAAUAAAUAUCAUGAUGUAAAUAUUGAAGUUUGUACAGAUAUUCUCAAAUCCCUUACCAACGGCGACUUCGGUAGCUGUGACGCUCAAUUAGAAGAAUACACAAAAAGGUGCAACGCCAGAUUUCCCUAUACAGCGGCGUUCAAGCCGCCAUCGGAACCGGAAAUCCAUAUCGAAUCGGCGAAUCACGUGCAGGAACAUGAUAGCAACUGA